ACUUUCGCACGCACAGCUCUCUGAAAGCCAAACAUGAAUCUGACCUUCUACUGCAGUGUUCUUAUUGCUGUCGCAGUUGCGCACGGUUUGCACUACGUCGCCGCUGAAAAUGCUGCCACUGUCCAUCCAACUUCAGAAGUUGAAAGCUAUGGAGCUGUUAGCGAAGCUCGGUAUCUCAGGGGAAGACAGAAGGUGGAUGACGAAGAGAGGGUGGCUGUAGCGGGACCUGCUUGGUAUGCCACUCACGUUAUGACGCAUACGUCGAGGUCGAAGCUUAGUACCCAGAAUUCCCAGAAGAUUCUCGACGCAGUAAAAAAACGACGAGCCUCUUCCCAAGUGGGUGAAGGCCCUUGUGGUUCUUAUUGGACUUGGUGUGGUAUCUGGUGCCGCUGUUGCCGGUGUGAAGAUAACGCAAGGACUAUUGAAUACCAGUAAUUCAAAAGAAUAACCUGAAAAGAUCGGU